UGAUGCGGGAGGGGCGGGGCUUGCGGCCUAGUGGUCGGCGCAGGGAUCCGGGCGGGGCGCUCGGUCUGUUGGAUCUCCCGGUUGCUAACUUUCCCAUUCCCAUACGAACCUUUCUGAUCCGGGCUGAGUGAGGCCACACAAACUGGAGGAACAGCACACCUAAUGUUCUGUGUGGGUAACUUACAACCAGAGGGGAUGCUGCCUGACCCGCUGUGUUACUCCAGCAGAUCGUGUCUAUCUUUGGUUUAAACUAGCAUCUGCAGUUCUUUGUUUCCACGUUGUUCAAGUGGAGUGGCUUGGUUACGAUGCCAGAACACUCUGAUGUUCGUUUAUCUCCCGAGGAGCGUGUGCGGGCCCUCACAAAGAAAGGAAGCUCUGUCGACAUCAACGAUGAUGUCCCUCUGCGGAGGUACUUCCGCUCUGGUGUUGAAAUGAUUCGCAUGGCUGCGGUGUAUGUGGAUGAAGGCAACCUGGAAAGUGCGUUCGUGCUUUACAAUAAAUACAUCACGUUAUUCUUGGAAAAGGUACCUAAACACCGGGAUUAUAAAACCAUUGUCGUACCAGAAAAAAAGGAAACUGUAAAAAAACUAAGAGAAAUUGCCUUUCCGAAGGCGGAGCUGUUGAAGGGUGAGCUUCUGAAGAGAUAUGGAAUCGAGUUUGCAGAAUACCAGGAGCAGCAGCAGAGGGAAACUGAGGAGUUUGUGUCUGAGGUGGCCCGCCAGCAACAGCUUGAAGAUGAGAAGCAGAGGGUGGCACGGAUGCGGCAGCAACAAACGGAACAGGAACAGUUCCAUGCCUUUGAGGAGAUGAUCCGGCGGAAACAGCUGGAGAAGGAACAGCUAAAGGUGCUGGAGGAAUACGCAAAACCAGAAAAUCCCCCCUCUUCGAAGGACUGCCCGCUAAUACCUGGCAUUGAGAGACCACCGAACAACCGCGCCCCGCUGUCGCCGGCCGCCAGCGUCUCAAACGCUGGCCCACCUGCCGUAGAUCGUUCAACAAAGCCCUCAUCCUUUGGAACCAACUGGAACAAUUUUUCUGCAGACAAACUCCGUAACGUGGUAGUUUCCAAAGACCUGUGUCAGCAGUUUCUCCAGCUCGCUGAACCCAAUACCGACAAAGGUGUGGAAACCUGUGGGAUACUUUGUGGAAAAUUGCUGCAGAAUGAGUUUACCAUAACCCAUGUGGUUGUACCCAAGCAAAAUGCUGGUCCUGACUACUGUAACACGGAGUGUGAAGAGGAGCUGUUCCUUAUUCAGGACCACAAUGCCCUGAUAACCCUGGGUUGGAUACAUACCCAUCCAACACAGACUGCGUUCCUGUCCAGCGUGGAUCUUCACACCCACUGCUCCUACCAGAUCAUGCUUCCAGAGGCUAUAGCAAUAGUUUGUUCACCGAAGUACAAUGAGUCAGGAUUUUACAGGCUGACGGAGCAUGGGAUGGAUGAGAUUUCUUCCUGUAAACAGAAAGGUUUUCACCCACAUCCCAAGGAUCCUCCUCUGUUUAAUGUAAGUAUGAUUUUCUGAUGCAGGUUUCUAAUUAGAAUUC